UCGUAGAGAAUAGAAUGAUAGAGGAGCACUAAGCUCCGCCUGCCGCCGGUUUGCGAACUGGAUAAAGCUGAGGCCGCUCUUUCAGUAGCCCCAGGAUACAAAAAAAGCGAGCUUUUUUCUGAAAUCUCCAAAUCCAAAUCCAAAUACUCUCUGAUGUGCGAGCGUUGCUAUUAGUUUGUGAAGCUCAACAUUGAUGACAAAUUUAUACCAGAAUCAUGUCAUGAUUAUGAUUACGACGAGAGAGAAGAAUAUUAACGAGGAUGAAGAUCAUGAAGCCUGUUUUUGGAUAACUUCGAUCAAAUCCAGUCAGAUCCAAAUUUUGAUUUGAAAAGAAGUCGAAGUGUACUUCCAAGUUAUCCAAAAAAGAAUACACUAGUAGAACAAGACGACUAGUUUGUUCUGCUGGACGAUGAUGUGGAUCGAUGAUGAAUAGGUGAACGGGAUGAUGGAUCGAUCGAUGAUGAUAUCCACCAACUUGGCAGUACACUUCGACUUCAUUUCAAAAAAUUUUUCUGUGUCGCUAGUGAGGUCGUAAUAGCGUUCAACUUCAAGGUGGUUUCUGUAUGAUAAAUUGUCAAAUAAAAGCUUUCAUAAAGAUUUUGGAUCCACCAUCUAAAGAUUUUGGAUCCAUUUGCAUGUGCAGCAGUUGUACAUAGUCCUCUUUGUAGCUGCAAAAGUAAGUACUUCAUACAAAAAAAUGUCGUAUUUUACUUCUACAACCACAAGAAAUAGGACUGAAGCUCCUACAACUUCUGGUGGAGGGCCUUCGGCCCGCCACCAACGCAAUCCUUCCAGGGCGGGUUUAGGCGCAGCUAGUGCUAUCUCCUCUGUGGCCUUGGAUGAUUUUGAAGAUGCAGAUGACCUCGACCUGAAGAGAAAAAGAAGAUCAGGAGGAGGAAAAAGUUCUUCUGAAGAUGGUGAGUCAGAAGAUGGUGACUCGUCUUCAAGCGAUGAAGAUGAAGUUGAAGAGAAUGACGGACAGAGAAGGACAACCAAGAGAGGUAAAAAAACAGGAGAAGCGGAAGGCGACCCUUUAUUAAACGCCUACGCAGAGGCAAAAGACCGUUGGCAAGUGGAGGGGCUCAAGAGCUUUUACUUGGAAACGGCGACUAUUAAGGCUGCUAGAAGAAGAAAGUAGGCGACAGCUCUGACUUCUCGUUCUCGUUUAUUUUCCUAGCAUACGUUCUUGGAGUCUACUUCUUGAAGUCCCUCAAGAAAAAAUCCGCUACUAUGCCUCUAAUAACAAAACCCUGUUUGUUUGGGAUCAAAUGGCUGGGAUAUUGUUUCAAUUCGAUAGGGGGACAGAAGAUGUGGCUCCCAUCUGGUCAUCGCAGACAGCGGCAGUGAAUGCCGAAAUCUGGACAAGGUUGCCAUUACCUCCCACUGAUCCAGCUGCUGCGGCUAAUGCAGCGUCUGGAAGUAGUCUUCUUACAUCUGCUCCUGGUGCGGGUCGUGGAGGUACUUCUCAUGAACAUGAAGAUCUACAACAUCAAGAACAGCUGACGAAGGAAAAGGAGAAGGCGGCGGCUCAGCGGAAUGCAAUUCAUGAGAAGUACCUACAAGGAGAUGACCUGAAGAGAUUUCGCAAAAAAGAAAAAAAGAUUGAAAAGAGACGUCAGCAACAAGAACAACACGAACAAACUGCGGUAGAACAUGUUCUUGUCGCUGACCAGCCAGCCCCAUUGGAUUCCGGUUUCAUCGACCCUUCUACAACUGCAGUUCCGUUUUCAUUGAGUGCUCUGCCAGUGGGGACUGCCGGCGACAUUAAUAGAAGUAGUACAACUGAUAGUACACGAGGACCAGCAGAUGACGACGACCUACUUACAAGUACAACUAGAGGCACCUCUCCCUGUAUGGUUCCUUUAGCGCAAGAUUGUCCUGAGACGCGAGACCGGAUAGCUAAGGUUGUGACAGAAAAUCGGUGGUCUACCAAAGUUGCUACAGCACUGAAGCGACUGCGAGCUCCUUUGGCUAGAUACGCAAUAGAGGGAUUCAUCUUAGCAUUUAAUAAAACUACCGCCGGAGGGGGAGGAGCAGAUGAAAAAAUGAACCACAAGAACGUGCAGGAAGGCGGAUCUUCAUCAUCCACGACCUACUCCUUCUCCCGAAAGAGGAUCACUUCCUCGUCCUCCAGAACAGGGGUCGAGUUUCCAGAGCAGGUGAACAAGCGUUUUUUGCAGUAUAUUGAAGAGCUGAAAGACCAAUUCCCGUGGCUCGCCGGACAGCGGGAGAGGGAAUCUCAAAUCGGAAUUUUCCAUUCGGCUGCAAUGGUCGGAUCCAUAUUGCUCCCGGUUUUUCCUGAAAUGCCACAGAUUGUACUGCGUGUUGACGUAACGCAAGAAACGAUAGUGCUAAAGAGCUUUUUGGGACGAGCGACGAGCACUAGCCAGAAGCGGGCAGCAACAGGUACUAAAACGAAGAGUAAUAAACGUGGAGGUCCUGCUUCUAAGCGUCUGAGUGGUGGCAUGGUUACCUCGCUCGCUUUAGACGAGGAUGAUAAUUCCUCAUCGGCAGACGACGAUGUUGAGAUGCAGGAACGCCCAAAUAGCGCGACAGAUGGCGCGUCCAGAAAGAACCUCCAGAUUCUAGUGAACGAGGAACCCGCUUUCACAGGAGAAGAUAUUGUUGACAAGGAUAAUAUUGUCACGAUUAAAGGUGCCAACAGAAGAGUGACUGUCCAGAUUGGGAACUUUUGCAAACUACGAAUCGAUCGCAAUAGCGGAUCCUCUGCGAUGGAUUUCCUUCUCAAAAAGGAUGGAACGAGGAAUGGACAGCUUGCUAUCACGAACAACAAUCCAACAGAAGAAAAGAAGCUAGCUGCUAGAGACCAAGAAGCACAAGUGCAAGACAAGAUCAUGGAAGAAGAAGAGGAUAUUCCUAUGUUGAUGAAAAAACGUCAACAACGUACAGGUGGUGGAGACGGUAAUCCUUCUGCGCAAGGGACUACUACAACAACGUCAGCAUUCACUUCUUCAUCAUCGAAUAUUACCACCACAUCAAAUAAUACAACGUUGUUUUCUCAGCGAAGCAGUCUUGACACUCCAGAAUACCACAAGGCUUAUUCCGAGAAAUUAGAAGCUAGGAGAAGAGACAUCCAUGACCGCAUAGAGGCGGAGGGUGAUUUGCUGCGAGAUCCGGAUGGAGAUGAGGAUGAUAAAAAGAAGAACAGCAGUGGUGUGAGGGCCAAGAACAAUCAAAAGAAUCUUGCAUUAGCUCGCAAGCGUAAAAAAGAAGAACCUGAGGAGGUCGAUCUGGAAUCGCUCAUGCGUGAAAAGACCAAAUAUUCUUCCUCUUUUCUCACUAUCAUUUGAUAAGGAGACCAUCUUCACCUUCAGCAUUUUUAUCCAAUUCUCGCUCCGACCUUCACAAC